AUGACCCCCUCUCUCUUUCUUUCUUUCUUUCUUUCUUUCGUAAUUGUUUCUUCUUCUUCUUCUUCUUCUUCUUCUUCUUCUUCUUCUUCUUCUUCUUCUUCACCACUAACCCAGUCAUCUUUCAGACAUCACCAUCUGUCUCUUUUUUUCAAUCAAUCACUGUCUCUUUCUUUCUUUUGUUUUUCUAACAUUUUUUUUUCUUUUUUUUUUUUUUUUCUUUCUUCUUCUUCUUCUUCUUCUUCACCACUAACCCAGAACUUUCAGACAUCACCAUCUGUCUCUUUUCAAUCAAUCACUGUCUCUUUCUUUCUUCCUUUCUUUCUUUCUUUCUUUCUUUCUUUCUUUACCUUGUCUUUCUUCCUUAUUUCUUUCCCCCCUUUUUUCAUUCUUCUUCUUCUUCUUCUUCUUCUGACCCAGAACAUUCCGUUAUCACACUCUGUCUCUUCUCAAUCAUUCACUAUCUCACUUUUUCUUUCUCCUUUCUUUUUUCUUUCUUUCUUUCUGACUUUCUUUCUUUUUUCAUUCUUCUUCUCCUUUGUCCUCUUCUUCUCCACUAACCCAAAACUUUCAAUCAUCACCCUCUGUCUCUUUUCAAUCACCCUCUAUCUCUCCUUCUUCUCUUUCUAUCAUUCUUUUUCUUUCUUUCUUUUCUCUUUCUUUCUUCUUUCUCUUCAUUUAUUUUUCUUUCUUUUUUUCUUCUUCAAUGUUAAAUACAUGAACACUAAUGGCUUUGUCCCAAUCCUCAUAAAUAUGUUGGACACUAUUGUAACGAGAGGCAAUAUGGUGUCUAAGUAG